CCAAGACGAGUCCCAGGCUUCCUCUAUCUCUCCAGGCCUCUGGGCCAAGGCGAGUCCCAGGCUUCCUCUCACUCCACCUGUCCUUAGCAUAGCCUGCGCUAGCAUUGCUAUUCCGUGCAUCAAUAUGUUGAAGUUAAUCUCUCACACACCUUUGGGCUGGAUCUCUCUCUCUUUCUCUCUCUCUCUGUAGCUCACAGAUUCACAAUCUAAUGAUGGUUGCACAUCCGGUCUUCUCUGGGCAGAUGUGUGCUGGUGUCAGUCUCUAUAGCCAAUUUGUGGUCACUGAGGCUGUACUUCAUGAAUGUGUUCCUGUAUUUCACAAUUUGCUUUAAUUUUUAUGGAUGCAGUUAAUAUAAUUUGUGUUGUGUGAUAAUUUGGUUCAGUUGGGGGCUCUUCUCUGGGCUGAGUGAGGGGGCUCUUCUCUGGGCUCAGCUCUUAGUCUCUGUAGAUCACAGAUUUUGGUCUGGCCCGACGGAUGCGCAGUAUUUCCAGUGUGGGGGGGCAGGGGGAGGGGAGAGGCACGCUGAGCUACAUGCCCCCCGAAGCCUUCCAAACAUCCUACAAAGCCACGGCCGCCUCUGACUCCUACAGUUAUGCCAUCCUGCUCUGGUCUAUAAUCACUGGCAGGGAGCCCUAUGGUGAUGCUAAGCCCUGCGUGAUCCGGCUUUGGGUCCAGGACGGGGACAGGCCCAGUCUGGAGGGGGUGAACAGGGCAGCAGUUGAGGGCUUGGGGGAGAUCAUUGACCUCAUGGAGAGAUGCUGGGACCCCAGCCCCCAAAAACGCCCCUCUUUCCAUGACUGCUUCCCAGUGGCAGAGAAGGUGUUUGAGCUGCACAGCCGGGGAAUUCAUGAUGCCAUCCACCAGGUGUCCAAAGCACUGGUACUGCCAUUAUACUCUCAUUACACAGUUAUUAGAGAUGAGCGAGAGAUAUCUCCAACUCCAAUACCAAAGGCUGGGAAAGUGACUGUGGACCCCAGGGGAGGAUGGAACAGCAAAGACUGGACUCCUCCCAAUUUCCGAGCAGCAGACAGCGGCGUUGGAACAGAACCCUGUCCUGCCUCUGCCACCUCUAAGGCACUGAGUGACAGCAUCUCCAAAACCUCCAGCACAAAAACCAGUCUGGAGGAGCUGCUGAGUGACCUGGGACUGGAACACCACCUGAAGAACAAGCUGACUCUGAGCCAGGUGCUGCAGAUUGAUGGAGAGACUUUAUCUGAUGAAAGCUUCCAGUCUCUGAAAUCUCUGCCAUGGUGUUUCCUGAGGAAGCUGAUGAUGGUAAAUGAGUCCUUUCGUAGAAUGAGCUGCUCCUCAGAACAGGACACAAAGCCCCAAAGCCUGGAUAGUUUCGUGAACACCAUGAAAAAUCCACAGGACCACAGCAACAGAGUCAACCCCCUGGACCUCAUAACUGCUGUAUUUCUGUGCUCAGAUGGCUUUCUCCAGCAGGAGAUGGCUUUGAAAAUGUCCAUGUGCCAGUUCUCUGUGCCUCUGCUGCUUCCUACAUGUGAUACCCAGCAGUGCACUUUAAUGCUGUGGGCCAUGAGGGAUAUUGUGAAAAAGUACAAGCCACACUCUGUGGAGGACCCAAGAGGGUUUGUGGAGGAGAGCAUUGUUCUCUCUGAGCUCCCCAUGGUCUCUUUUGUGAGGCUAGGAAACAGGAGCAUGUCCAAGUCUCACAUUCUGAAUCAAGUUUUCAGCAACUCUCAGCAGUACCACGACACCUUUGUUCACAAAAACAUGGAGUGCGGUGACACCCCAAGGAGGAUUUCCAAUGGGCUGGUGGAAAUCAGCUGGUAUCUGCCCAGUGGGAACAAACAAAUUGACAUCUUCUCUGAGCCUCUGGCUAUAGCUAACCUCCGUGGGGACCUCAGAGACUUUGAAACUCAGAACGCUUUCCUCUGCCACACAUCUACUGCUAUAUUUGUGUUUUGCGACGACUUUAAGUUUGAACAAAAAUGUCUGGACUCUGAGCACUUUAAAACUCAUUGGAUUUUGAUCACCAAUUCACAGAGCCAGACCUUCGAUGAGGAUGACUUCAGGAAAUUUGUUUCUGAGACAAAACCCAGUGACAUCAUCAUAAAGCAUCCGGGAAGAAAUGAUGCAGAAUUCAACAAAAACCUGUGUUUGGCUAUCCGUGGUAUUUUAAAGGGAAACAUUAAAAUGAGCAUUGAAAGGAUGUCUGCUCUUGCAUAUGAGCUUCUGAUCCAUGUUGAUGAAGAUGACAGCAACUGUAUGAGGGGCAAGCUUAAGGCUGAUGAAAUCACAGGAGGAAUAUCUGAUAUAUCGAGCUUCAAGGAGAAAGAGCUGCCCUUGCAAGGGACUGCAUGGAAACAGCUGGCCAAACUGGAGAAGGAACAGUGCAGGAUGAAAAAUGCUGGGGAGAAAAACAUAGAAGUUUACAAGAAUGAGCUUGCAGAUCAGAGGCAGAAGCUCAGAGAACAGCAGAGGGCUCACGGCAUCUCCGAUUCUAUGUCCCGUUUCAUCUCCGCGAUGUGCAAUUGCAGAGAGGAGCGCAAGUAUUUCCUCAAGUGGAUGAGGAUCAAUCUGGACAAUCUGUCACGCAAAAGCCUUCCACCUCUUCGGGCAUUGUACAAGGAACAGUGUCAGAAUUCCUCAGAAAACAAUGAGCGCAUUGCACAGUUGGACAGGGAGAGCUCCAGCUGCUCCUUGGGGACGGAGCACUUCCUGAGGGAGAUGGGUCAGCUGUACGAGUCGGCCUGCUCACUCCCUGAAGCCCUCACCCCAGAGAUUAAGCGCCUGCCACGUCUCUGUGCAGAGCUGCUACAGGAGGGCUUUCCUCUUGAGCUGGUGGAUGGAGACUCAAGCAAUAUUCCUCUGGAGUGGGUGACACAGGUUCUGAAAGAACUCCAUAAUCUCACUCAGGAUAAAUGUAAGAUCCGGGUGAUCACUGUACUGGGGGUACAGAGCACUGAGAAGUCCACGCUCCUGAACACCAUGUUCGGGGUCCAGUUUGCUGUCAGUAGUGGCAGGUGCACCAGAGGGGCCUUCAUGCUCCUCAUCAGAGUGAAAGAGGAUUUUAAAGUGCGGCUUGGGUGUGAUUACAUCAUGGUUAUUGACACUGAAGGUUUGAAGGCACCACAGUUGGCACAGCUGGAUGAGAGUCAUGAGCAUGAUAAUGAACUGGCCACUCUGGUGGUGGGGCUGAGUGACAUCACAGUCAUCAACAUCCCCAUGGAGAAUUCCACGGAUAUGAACGAUAUCCUGCAGAUUGUGGUGCAUGCCUUCCUGCGCAUGAAAGAAGUUGGGAGAAAACCCUGCUGUCAGUUUGUGCACCAGAAUGUGCCAGACAUCUCUGCCCAUGACAGUAACAUGAGAGACAGGAAGUUUCUGCUGGAGAAGCUGAAUAAGAUGACCAAAGCAGCAGCUAAGAUGGAAAAGAAGGGAAACAACAAAACAUUUACUGAUGUCAUGGAGUAUGAUCCAGAGAGAAACACCUGGUACAUCCCUGGGCUCUGGCACGGCAACCCUCCCAUGGCCCCUGUCAAUGUUGGCUACAGUAAGUCUGCAAAUCUGUUCAAGCGGAGUGUGAUUGAGAAGUUUAUGGAACAAAAAUCUGGAAACAGCUCAGCACACACAAUCAUUGUUGAAUGGACCAAGAGCUUAUGGCAAGCAGUGAAGUAUGAGAACUUCAUCUUCAGUUUCCGCAAUAGUCUUGUAGCUGAAGCUUAUGCUCAGCUUUGCACUGAGUUCAACCAAUGGGAUUGGGCCUUCAGGAAAAACAUGUACUCCUGGCUAAUGGAAGCUGAGACAAAGGUGUCAAACUCUGGCACAGAAGCAGAAUUUAAGAAUUUGGAUGAGUUACUGAUCCGCCUGAAAACUCAGGCCUUGGUAGAACUGACGAAAGGGGAAACACUCAUUUUGUCCAACCUCACUGAAUUCUACAAGAGGCAAGUUGGACAUGUUAACUUGGUAGUGAAGUACAAGGAAGACUUGAACAUCACAGCCAAAACCAUCAGGAGGGAGACAGAGAACUCUGUGAAAAACAAGCUUGAGGCAGCGGUGGAGAUCAGAAAGGGUAUGUUCAGGUUAGAGAGCAUCAAGAAAAACCACACAGCCACAAUGGAGAAAAGGGUGCAGGAGCUGAUUGAGAAAUGCAGGAAAACUAAAGAUCUGUCUGAUGAACAGCUGGAGGAUGAAUUUGAGAAGAUGUGGAAGGAGACCGUGGCAGAGCUGCGCUUCCCUGGCAUGGAAGAACGAGACAUUGUGCAAGACAUCUACCACCAGCUGUGGGUUAACUUAGAGAUGAAAGGCAGCUCAGUACGUGAAAUACUGUCAAAAUUGGGCAACUUGUCUGGAUAUGGAAGCGAGCCAUUCAAAGUGAAAAGUGAACAUCUGGCAUUAAAUCAAAGGAUUUCGAAUUUUGACUUGGAGCUGAAGGAGUUCCAGCAGGUAGUUGAUCACAUCAUUGAGCAGAGCAAGCAGUUUGUCAAUGAGAAAGUGAGAACAAAAUCUGAUUACCAUAAAACAUACACAAUAGACUUGCUUUGCAUUGGAGACAAAAUCUUGGACAAGAAUCUGGAAACAACUGCUGAAUUUCAGGCCAAGCUGAAGAUUCACAUCUGUGGAUAUGCAGCAUGGGAGUUUAAAAAAAUGCAUCUGGCUUUCAUCCAUGCAAAUUAUCCUCGUCACUGUCUGGAACAGUUCAAGCAACAGUACUACACAGACUUUAAGGACCUGUUCAACAAAAGAGACCAGUGUCAGAAGAAAGCCAAUGAUUUCAUUGUUAACUGUCUUCAACCUGCAGUGAAGGAAUACAUCACCAAAUCUCUGGGCCCUGACCUUGUGGAUGAAAUCUUGACAGGACAGACAGCCAUUGAUUUCAGCACUCAAACCUUCUUCCAGUUCUCAAUCCUUGAGCAGCUGCUUAAGGAUGAUAACUGUCAGGACUUUGUGAGAUACAUAAAUAAUUACGAGACCUUUGUACAGGACUGGAUUUUGGAGCUGAUGGUGAAGCAGUUCUCAGAGGGAGAUAGCCUCAGGAAUACUGAGGUGAAUCACCUGAAGGCGAUGGUUGGCAGAAUAAAAAAAGCCAUUAAGACCUCACAGAUGAAGGCAGAUGAACAGGCAGCAAGAAGGGGUGAGGAGGCCCAGAACAUUCAGCAGUUCAUUCAGGAUAUCUGUAGUGACCUAGGGAAGGAGCUUAUCAUCCCCAAAGACCCCCUCAGAGCAGUCCUGGCCUUAAACUCUGCCAAGCCAGAAGACUUUUCCCGGUGUCUGGAGGUGCUCUUGGAUGAAAUGGAGCAGGCCUUUACCGCAGAGUUUCAGAAAGGUGGGGAUGUGAGGGCCAGGCUCACCUCACUGCCCUUUCAGCCACAGAAGGAGCUGUUUAACAGGGUGUUUGGCUGUGGGACGCAGUGUCCCUUCUGCAUGACCCCCUGUGAAGCUGGUGGCAAGAGCCACACAGAGCACUUUUCUUCCAUUCACCGUCCUCAGGGGAUUGCAGGAUGGAGGAAUCUUAAAUCACAGAUAUUAGUGAGCAAUAUCUGCUCCACUAAUGUUGUCAGUGAGAAGCAGUUCAGGUUGACUGGAACAGAGGCGAAAUACCAUCCAUUCAAGGACUAUCGGAGCAUUUACCCUGACUGGCUCAUCCAGCCUGACACCAGCAUCCAGGCCUCAGACUACUGGAAGUACAUCUUCAGCAAGUUUAACAAGCAGUUUGCAGAGAAAUAUGAAGCCAAGCCUGCUGAUAUUCCCCCCGAAUGGAGACAUAUAACCCAGGAACAAGCCACGGAAAGUCUGAAGGAAUCCUUCCAGAUGAGGACAGGAGAUUAAAUUAAAAGUUUCAUACAGCCUAUAUGUCAUUAGGGCUGAAAUUGUUUCUUCUGAGUGGCAUUCUUAUCAAAUAGUCAGCUGACAGGUGCAACUCAUAAUGGUUAAGCAAAACAGAGCCCCAGCCAAGUUGAAUGGCAUGAACAAACAGCAAGUUUUAUACAAUACAAUAAAAGCACUCAUCAUUUUAAAGGGGCACAGUUGAAUUCAAUCAUCACUGAUGUUUGGAAAGAGUGAGAAUUCCUGAUCACUGAUAGAGACACUGCUGAAUUCCGCCAGCCUCCCCUGAGUCUUCUCUGGUUCUGUGAGAGAUAAUACCAUCAGCACUCAUAAAAAUCAUAUUCAUACUAUAAAGUGAUAUUGUCUCUAUCCUUACCUAUGCAGCAUUUAUCUGUACAAAUCCUGCCUGUGAAUCAUCAUGGCUGAUCUCUGUCCAUUGUUCCAUUCAUUAGGAUAGUAAAUAGGCUGUGAUAUUUUAACAGUUUAACAGAGUUAAUUUCAUAUUCUCACCUCCAUAUUAAAGAAGAUUUUUUUUCUUUCUUUUUUCUUUUUUUUUUUUACAAAAAUCCAAAUAUGUGUUCUAUCUAUCUUGAUCUGUUAUAUGUUAGAUAAUCAUCACUUUAUGUUAUAUGUUAUAUGUCACUAUAAUGACAAUAUUUUUCCAUAGUCCAACUGAAUUCAAACUUUAUUUUGCAUCUUUGUAAAACUAUUGAAUUUAUCCAGACACAUUCACAUUCUCACAUUGAAAAUAAACUUUUCAUUGGAUUUGACCUUAA